AUGGCUUUUGAAAGCUUGUUCUCCAGACCCCCAAACCCAGCCCUUGACAAAAACAUGACAGACUGUGAGCAUGCAGGGGAUGAAAGAGAAGACGGGGAAUUGGAAGAUGGCGAAAUAGAAGAUUUAUGUGUAGAAGAGAAGCCUCGAGGAAUAAAGGAAACAGAAGACCCUGAUGUUAUAAAAACACACAGGAAGUCAACAAAGAGAAAGAGAAAACCAAGGGGAAAAAAGAAAGGAAAACGUCACAGGCGAGAGAAACACAGGCACAACUUUCCUGAAAGUGAUAACAGCUCAGAGUACAGUGGUGAUUCUGAUACAGAGCAUGGAGAAAGGCCACACAAAGAUACUUUGUACAGAGAUUAUGAUGCUCAAUAUUCACAGCAUGGGCCAGGGAGCUAUAUUACAUCCCCAAAUGCAAAGCAUAAGAAAAAUGCAAAUGAUUAUGAUGGUUAUAGUAACUACAGUGAUGGUAACUACAAUGAGGAAGAAGAAGAAGAUGAUUUUACUGAACAGCUGAAACACUACAGACAAGCAAAGGAGAACACAAAUGUGGCUGAACCACCUUUUAAGAAAAACAAUGUCAUAGGAAUUCAGCAAGGAUACGAAGCCAGUGAAGAAGUGGGUAAACUUGAGUCAAGAGUUCAUCAGUCUGCAUACAGUGGAGCACAAAGGAAAGCAGAUCUGCAAAUAUUUUCUGGACAAACGUUGUAUCAAGUCACCCAAAAGGUGUAUUUACCUCAAGAGAAAAUCAGCAAGUUGAUAUCGACAACUCUGUCAUUUCUAUCAAUGACAACAAUUUCAGCAGAGGAAUACCUACGUCUACUACGACUCAUGGUACCAUCCUUGGAGGCCACCCCCUUUGCCAGGUUCCAUAUGAGAGCCCUUCAACACAAUUUCCUAACUUUUUUGAAAAAGAACCACAAAGAUCUUCAGCAGACAAUUCCACUGGAAAUCACGACAAGUGAAAGUGUGAACUGGUGGUCCACACCGGAGAACCUCAAAAAGUGCCAAACUGGGCCUUACCUCAGUAGGUUAAAUCAAGACAAAACCCUAACGUUCUUCACUGACAGCCUGCUAGAAAGGGAUGUUCCGGGAGACCAAUACCCAAAGAAAAAGAAAGGAGGUUUGCCUUCAUUCCCUAGAUGUUGUCAGGGUAUUGUCAACAUGUGUGAAGAGAACCUCUACCUUUCGUUGGUCCGAAUCCUUGUUUGUGAUUCCCUCAGGUCCUCGGGUAGGGACAGCAGCAUCCAAGGCUACUUGGAUUUGUAUCAGAGAGACGAUCAGACCGGCAUACUAAGCUUCCCUCCGGAGGGGGUUUUAAACACAGAAGAAGUACAGCAUGACAAUGAAAAUGGUGCAUCCGAAAUGCAAAGGCAUGGUAUUGUAUUUUUAUGCAGAACAAAGUUUUAUAACCCACCAUACUAUGGAAAUAAAUACCAAGAAUGUUAUCAACCAAUGUACAACUCUGAGCCACUGCCAGAAUCUGGACCUAAUGUGUCACCCUUGCAUCAAAAUCCACCCUUGCAGUCUGUUUCUAAAUUUACUAGCUCCAACCUAACUGGAGUUGUAGCACCUUUUAAUGCAUCUACUUUGCAAAAUCCAGUGAUAAACAACCAGAGAGACGGAUACAAUUUAUCUAGCCCACCCUUUCACCAAAAUACAGAAGACACAACCCAUGUGCAACACACAAACAGCUAUCAGUGUUCACAAAAUACAACCGGAUUCUAUGACAACUACUAUUCCCAACAGGCUGUUCACAAUACCCAAUCCUGCAACACACCAGAAACAACACGGGGCAUUUUAUUUGUAAGUAUGAAUAAAAAGCCGGAUGGAGUAGAACUAAAUCCAAGUCCACUACAAAGAUCAAUUAGCAGAGAUGAAGAUGACAUUUCAAACUGGUACACAAGCAGUGAGGAAGAGGAUGGAAGUGGUGUGACCUCACUUUUAAAAACAUUAAGGAAUAAAGCAAAUAUUGCAAGGAUGAAUUCAAAUGAACAGCAGCCACUGACGAACAAUUGUGAUCCCAGACUGGCAAAAGACAAAGCAGUAAGAAUUCAAGCUUCAGACCCCAGGGUAAAAUGUACUCAGGCACAAAAUUCUGGGAAUCAGGGGGACUCUGUCUCUGCUGAUCGUAGAGUUAUACGUGACCCCAGAAAAUCUGGUGACACUUUGACCAACAGUAAUGCAAAAACUGACAAUGUCCAAGGACACUCUGGAAGCAAGGGCAGUCAUAAAGGAAUAGACGAUGAUGAGGAUGAUGCUGAAAAGGAAUUAAGGGAGAAAGCAGCUAUAAUACCCUUAGAAAUGCUGCCAGGUGUAAAUCUAAGAGAUCCGAGGUGUAAGCUUCGGCAGUUCAGUCACAUUAAAAUGGACAUUUUAUUGACAAAACCAAAUUUUGCUAAACUAAUUGUUUGGGCACCUGAGGAUUUACUUCCUGUUCCACCCCCUAAACCAGAUCAUGUUUCAUCAAUCAAUCUACCGUUACCCCCACUUAUAGCUGAUCAAAGACUUAAUAAAUCAAAGAGUUUGCCAAACGAGUUUAACGAAUCUUGUCAUGAUCCAAGGUUGGAUCCAAGGCUAGAAACAAAAGCUAAGCAGGCAGUUUUAUUGGCAAGAAGCAGCUCAACAGAUCAAAGGGUUUUAAAUGUGACUAUUAAUAAGCUUGGUGAUCCUCGGCUACAAAAGAAUACUCAGUCCAGGUUUCACAGAGCAGCCAGCCAUGAUUUUCAACCUGCAAAUGUUAAAGAUAAUAAUUCUUCAAAGGCAGAUCCUUGUGCAGCAUCAGCAAGACCAGCAUUUUCAACAACAUCCAGUUUAUGUAAAUCUGAUCAAAGUAGUCUUCCACCUUAUGCUCCCAAGCUUUCCUCACCCAACAUUAGGCUGGGGACACCAAGUUCCAUUCUGAAAAGCAUACAUUUGUAUGAUCCAAGAAACAAGGAAACGGUUGCCAUUUCAGACUCCAAGCCCACUAUUAAAGAACCAGAAGAAGAGUCUCAAAAGCAUCUCGAUAAUAUGAGCAUAUUGUGUAAAAUUGAGACGGAAAAUCUGGACAGUUCCAUGCAGCCAGCAUCCUCAACUGAAGAACUUGCCCAGCAAAACACAUUGGAGGAGGUUGAGGAAAACCCUGUUGAUCCUCCAAAUGAAAAAUCGGACAAACCUCAGUCAGUGGAUGAUGCACCUGAGCUACAACCUAGUGCAGCUCCUGCAGUCCAUAGCCUUCCAGUUCAAGCUUUGGCAGGACUCAUGCGACCACAGUAUAAUGAUCCGCGGCAGGUUAAUCCUGCAGCUCAGACAACACAAAUCCAAGAAACUGAUGUCAAUGGAAAACAGGAUGACAAACCACUGAAAGAUGUCUUUAAAACCUUCGACCCAACAGCCUCCCCAUUUUGUUAGUUAUGUCUCCUUAUCUGGAGAUUUAGUUCCUGCUGCCGGCAGGGUUGUGUACUAUUUGAUUGUAAAUUAAUAGCAAACAUUUCUUUUUUGUUUGAACCACACACAGAUGGACUCUUCUGCUUUUUUCCAUUUUUUUGUUGUUGUUGUU